AUGUUUCGAGUUGUGACUGUUUUUGCUUUAUUCUUAUAUGUUAACGGUGCAUCAUUUACACCAGAAUCUCAAGCAGAAACUGUGGAAUAUCAAAAUACAAACGAUGGUUACGGGAACUACCUCUUCAGAUAUGUAACAUCUAACGGCAUAACAAGAGAAGAAAGUGGCCAUCUUGUUAAUGCAGGACAACCCGACGAGCACGUUGACGUGGAAGGUUUUUAUUCUUACAUGGAUUCCGAUGGAGUUUUACAAAAAAUAUUUUAUACUGCAGAUACCAAUGGAUAUUCCAUUCGAACACAACCACUUCUUGUUCAGACGGUGGCUGCAGGAGUACCCGGGAGUGUCGUCGCAUCAUUGCUCGGAAAAUGA